CAUGCGUGCGUGCAGAGUUUCACUAGUGUCAUGAACGGCUACAUGGUGUAGAUCAUAGAGCUCUCUAACGUUGCUUUUAUAAUUGCCGACAAUUAAACACACACAAGAGAAAUAAUAAUUUAAAAGGAAUAGUUCACACGUUUAAAAAAUUCGAUGGCGGGGACAAUUGAUGAAGCAAAAAAGAAGUUUUCCAGAAUUGUAAACAGUCGCUCGUACACCCGAUUCAAUCAGUCUCAGAAUCCUGAUGGUGAGAGCAGUCGUGUGGUGGUGAAGCUGUCUGUGGACGGUGAAGAAGAGAUUGAUGGUGUUGAGCAUGGACAUGUGCAACAUGAGACGUACACAAGACCCAGUCCUCCAGUGCCAUUGAACAAGGGGAAGAUAAUUUGUUCAGUGAUCAUAGUACUGCUCUUCUUGUGUUUGGGUAUACUUAUUGGCUAUGCUACCCACCGUAAGUCUGAACCACCUUCCUGCCCUUCGCCUGACAGUUUGGACGAGGACAAUAAUUCUGAAGUUCAACCAAGUUAUGAUGUUCCUGCUCCUACUAUGGAUUGGAGUGAUAUUAUCAAGGUUAUGAAUGAGAAACUGUCGUCAAAUGCCAUUCAGGAUAAAUUAAGUGAGUAUUCCAAGGUUGACCGCCAGGCAGGAUCAUCUGGAGAUAACAUGUUAGCCAACAAAAUCCAUGACACUUUCAUGAAACUUAAAAUGGAGCCCUGGGUUGAUGAGCACUAUGUGAUGCUACAGUAUCCUAGCAGCUCUAAUCCAAACAAAGUGUUGUUUGGUUCAGAGGAGAUUGGAAGUCCAAAGGGGUUCCUGGCUUACAGUGCGACAGGACGUAAAACGGGCAGAGUGGUGUACGCCAACUAUGGUUUACUAGAGGACCUGAAAGAUGUGAAAGACAGUGGAGUGAAUCUAAAUGGGUCUGUCAUACUGCUGAGAGCUGGAAAAAUCAGCAUGGCUCAGAAGGUUGGGAAUGCUGCUGAGCAGGGUGCCAUAGCAGCUCUGAUCUACCCGGACCCAGCCGACUAUGAAACAUUGUCUUCAGAUACUGAACUCUAUGGUCACGUACAUUUGGGAUCAGGUGAUCCUUACACCCCAGGUUUCCCAUCCUUCAAUCACACCCAGUUUCCUCCUACCAAGUCGUCUGGUCUUCCAAAUAUACUCGCUCAGACGAUCACUGCAAACAUGGCACGCAAAAUAUUGGUGAAAAUGGGAGGAAGGGAUGCCCGCUCGAAUUUCAUUGGUCUCUUCUCCAGUUACAAAUUGGGUAGAGAGACUGACAUAGUCACUGUAGAAGUUAACAACAAUCUUGUUGAUACCAAGAUCCAUAACGUGUUUGGAGUUAUCAAAGGGUUUGUGGAUGCAGAUAAAUAUGUUGUGAUUGGAGCGCAGAGGGACUCUCUCAGCUCAGGCUAUGCCAAGUCUGCAGUCGGUACUACUCUUCUGACGGAGCUUGCAAGAAUUUUCACUGAAAUGAAGAAAGAUGGUUUCAAACCCAGAAGAAGCAUUGUGUUUGCCAGCUGGAGCGCAGGGGAUUUCGGUAACGUCGGAGUUACUGAAUGGCUUGAGGGCUAUUGGGCAUCCUUGGACAAAAAAGCCUUCACCUAUAUCAGUUUGGAUGGAGUUGUAACUGGUGUGGGUUCCUUCAGAGCUUCUGCAAGCCCUUUGUUGCACAAGCUUCUGCAGAAGACCAUGCAGAAGGUAAUAAAUCCAAUUGAUUCAGUUCCAGUUAAAUUACGUCAAAACCUUUUCCAGAGUUAUGGCGGUAAUCUUGAAAAUCUUCUGAGGCCCAUGAUGAUGGAUGAUAGUGCAUAUCCUUUCCUGGCUCUCGCUGGAAUUCCCUCUAUCUCUUUCAGUUUUGUUCCUGCUGGGGCCUCUGCUGAUUACGAGUAUUUUGGAACUGUUCUGGAUAAUAAAGAAAGUCUGGGCACUGUCACCGGUCAGAAAGUGGGUGAUAUGUCUGUGGCUGCUGCCCAGGUUGCUGGUCAGAUCGCCCUCCGUCUCGUUCACGACCACAUCCUCAAACUGGAUGUCACCAAGUAUGCAGAGACAAUCUCAAACCAUGUGAAAACCAUCAUCAAUCGGGUUGUGGAACUCAGACAUGCAAAGGUCGAUAAAAGUGAGUCUCUGUCAACAUUGUGGCUGAACAGGGCAAAAAGUUCUUUUGUUCAAGCUGCAAAGGCCUUGGAUGAAUACAUCAGUAAAAGUGAUCUAGAAGACCUAGAGAUGUGCCGCAUCAUCAAUAACCGCAUAAUGAAGGUGGAGCAUAAUUUUCUUUCUCCUUACGUCUCUAUAAGAGAUGCCCCGUUCCGACACAUUUUCUUUGGCGUUGGGUGGCAAACCACCACGGAUCUGGAAAACUACCUGAAAAUUGUGGCACAAAAAAAUGCAACCUUCGACUUGGACCAAGUCCUAAACCAGUUUGCUCUGCUCACCUGGACCAUCCAGGGUUGCGCAAAUGACCUGGCUGGAGAUAUCUGGUCCUUGGACAAUGAGAUAUAGGGUUUUUCAGGAUUACAUCAACAGACCUGGCCUCUGAGUUUUGAUUAAAAGUAAAAGUUAAAUAUCAGAACAAACCAUAUAUCCACCAAUACAUAGUAGAUUGAUUUGAUUUCAAAAUUGUGAAAAGCUCUAAUGGAAUCUGAUCAUGCAUACCUACAGAAUUAAGUAUUUGACAGCUAUAAAAAAAAAAAAAAAGAAAUCAUGCGACUUCAACAUACAUGAACAUACAUAGAUCUGGUUAUGAGUAAUUACAAAGGUCUUUAAUCCUAUGAGGAAUUAAUAAUAAAUAAUAUAGAUGAUACAUAUAUAUAUAAUAUUAUGACAUAUUGCUGUAUUAAGGAAAUAUAUUUGACAAACUUUGCAUUUCAGGUAAAUUUCGGAUUCAAUUUGUCAUCCCAGUUAUAUCUUAAAGUUGGUGAUAUUCUGAUUGAUUAAUCAGGUUAGCCGCUGAUGCUUAAAUACAUAUGGAGAAAACCAUGUCCUUGGCUGCUAAUGUGAAGAUAAAGUCCCUGUUGCACUUCAUGUAAACCCAACAUUUUUGCAGGAGAUAUGUCUGCCUUUUGUACCCAUUUAGCACUGACUGAGGACCAUAUUUAUUUCUUAUUUAUUUAUCAGUGACAGUGUUCACUAUAAAAGAGUCUAAUUUCUUUUCUUUUUUUAAUUAUCGGAAGCAGUGCCUUCCAUAAUUGUGACGGUUAUACUGUCAUAUGUUAAAAGCAGCAUCUGCUUACAGAAAUACUUGUUACCAACAACUUUCAACAGAAAUGACUAUUGUUACAGGUGCUUGAUGAAAAACGUACAAAAAUCACUUAUUUUAAUCCUUGUGAAGCAGUUCCUCUUUACAAUUUGUAUUUGUUUUCCCCCCCUAGAAGAAACAAAAAUCCUAAUUUGACAAAGCUGAUACCAAAAAAUCAUGGUAUUUAUUAGAUUUAGGCUGUUGAGCUGAGAUUUUCAAUAAUGUUUUCUAAUAUCCUCUUGUUCAAAUAUUAAAUUGAUAAGAAAUGUUUCCAUUUUGACUCAAUUUAGGCCCAAGCAUUUCUGUGGCAAAGCAUUUCUUUGUAACAUUUAUAUUUCUAUUAUAAAACCAUUAUCGGGAGCAGUGUCUUCCAUAAUGUGGAGUGUUUGACGGUAGUUUUUGCCUACCAUUGUGUAUGUAUCGAGGGCAGUGUCCCUCAUAUUUCACUAUAGGGUGGAUCAAAUUAUCGGGAACAGUGUUUCCCAUAAAUUUAUGUAUAUAUUUGUUUUUCACGGCUUUGUUUUCCGCUAUACUUCCUACUAUACACUUGGCAACUACUGUUAGAUGAAGAAUGUUGUGGGUUCUAUCAAGAUAUGCUGGUGUUAUUUCAUUUUGGGGGCUUAGGUUACUUUUAAGUGUUUCUCCAAUAUAUGAGUCUUGUCUUUUUUACUUUUCUGUACUAGCCUGGUUCGUUUUGGUCUCUUUCAAGAAAUCAUACAUUUAUUUUUAGUUUACACAAAGGCUUGUUAAGAUAUUUGAUCUCUGUAUGCUAUUCUGUGUAUGUUUCUAUUCUGUUUUCCAAGGCAGGUGUUUGAAAAGAGGAUGUGUUCAUUUUGCAUAACUACAGUAGAAUGUUUUGUACGAGUGAUUUGCAUAUUGCUGAUGGUACAAUAGUUUCAUGUAUGAUUGGAUUUCUGACAAAGUUUGGUAGACGUGUUGCAUACUGGUUGGUUUCUGUCAGUAUCUAUAUCCAGGGGUGUAGAUAUAACCCCCCCAUUAAUCAAAACAAGUAUUUAUACUAUGAUUAAUGGAAACGAGUAAAUGCUUCACACUGCAACCCCCCUUGUCUAUAUCUGUCUUUUCUCUUUCUUUUGGCACUUGUUUGGUUAUUCAUUGCAUGAAAAAGAGCUUAACAUUGCAGUGUAUUAAAAAAAAAAAAAAACAGCAAAUGAUCUUUAUGCAUCAGCUGUGUUUGAUGGCAAAAUAUUGAUUUGCAUCAACUUGUAGGAGUUUCAGGCACACAAUUGUUGUUGUAAGAACUAAUUUUUGUGUCCAAAAACUGUCAAAAUUAAUGUGCUCUUUAAUAAACUUAAAGUGUACUGUG